AUGACUGGUGCCGGUCAAACCCAUGUGGGUCAGAUACGGCGGAAAAGAAAUACGCUUUCGAGAACAUUCAGCACCGCAUCUGGGGCAAAGCACACACUAGAGCAACAGGAUGUGCGGCAGAGACGCUUUCGUACACCCCGUGGCUCUGAUGGUGCUCUCGAUAGCUGCGAUGGGUCAAUCGCGUCCUUGCCAGCACGCAGCAGUGCGCUCGAGAAUGACAGCAGGUAUAUGGCUAGGCUUGCAGCCUCCACUAGCACGGGUGUAGGAAGGACUCGAUCAGCUGACUCUCCAAGUGAC